AUGGUAAAUUGGGUUCUAGUGAAGGUGUUAGGCCAACGUUCAUGUGGCAAGGUGUUCUUACCAAAUUCAACAAUGGAACCUCUUGACUAUUUUGCUAUUAAAGUAGCUCGUCUUUAUAAUAGUUCUUCAUUAUUGUGGGAAAAGAACAUUUUAAAACAUUUCAUCGGAUGUCCAGAGAUUGUUCAAUGUUUAGGGAGUGAGAUAACUAUAGAUGAAAAUUACCUUCUUUACAAUCUCAAGUUAGAAUAUGCUACUAGUGGAACUUUAGCUAACUUGAUUGAACAACGAAAGAAGUUGCUAGAAGAUGAAGUGAAGGAGUAUUUGAAAAUGAUACUAAGAGGGCUUUCUUGUAUUCAUCGCAAUAGAUUUGUCCACGUCGAUUUGGAACCAGAUAACAUUCUUGCAUUCCCUCAUAACAAUGGCAAGAUGAAGUUGAAGAUUGCUGACUUUAGGCUUUCGAGGAGAUGUGAUGAGAAGGAUGAGGUGGACGAAGAUAACAUUUACCAACAUUUAUGUGAGAACUUAGAUGGCCAAACAAAACGCAAACAAUCAACAUAA